GUAUUCAAUUCUUGCAUCUUCUGAGAUUUGCUUGGCAGAAAUGCUCCGAGUUCAAGGGUUAUUAUUAUUCAUCUGAUUGUGGAUGCUGGAGAAUUUGUUGACAAGGAAUAAAACUGAUGGCAGUUCGAAAUCUCAUCUAAAGAACCGUGAUUUAUAUUAUUUUUAGUAGCAAAAUGUCGUUAACGCCAAAGGAAUUGUCUGCGCUGCUCGAUAUCCUGGACGAAGAGAACCUUGACAGCAGCUUUGAAUCACUCUCGAAUCAAUUGCACCAGGCUUUUUCUAAGGAGGAUCUCUUCAAGGUAGGAACGACCUUGUUGCUUCUGCUACAACACAUCGAUCUUCUUCCGAAUAAUACACAGAGGCUAAUAGCUGUAGCUCUGAUGUACGAUCUUUACCGAGGAGAACCAAUUGCUUGUACACCGUUUGCUACAGUUUUCAUCCAGGUGUUAAAACCCUCUGAAGAAAAUGUAACAGGUUUGCCGAGACCAAACUUCUCUGGUCACAUUCCUGCUCUGUCAAAAUGUGAGAAGAACCUGCUCAGCCAUUUGCUUGGGUAUAAUGCCAAGGAAAUUAUCAAAAAAACACCGAGACAGAUUAUGGAUGAGGCAACACAUUUGGCCUCACCACUCGUCGAUCUUACAAGUCUCCAAUUACAAGUUGCUGAAAGAUUAUCCGAACUUCCGAGCAUCAGUAAAUGCGGUAAUCCAGUCAUACUACCGGAUAUGGACCGUUCGAAGGCUGGGGAAAUUGAUAAAAAGAUCGGUAAAAGUAUCACGGAGAGUCUAGUGAUCGGAGAACCACCUUUUUGCAGCCAGAGUUAUCGUCCAGAGUUCCUGAGACUUGCUCCACCCCUUUACCAUUCUGCUGAUGAACUUGCAUGGAUCAAUGUCAACGAACCAAAUCAAUUUACCAUUGAGUACGAUACAUCUAUGUGCGUUUCUAACUGUGCAGGAGCCGAGGCACGUCGUCUGAUGGGAAGAGCUUUCAAAAGUGCUUUGACACUCCAGCAACAGCAGCAUUUGUUAACGGAGUUGGACGCUGACCCCAAACUUGUGUACCAUAUCGGUUUAACCCCGGUGAAGCUUCCUGACCUUGUUGAGAAUAAUCCAUUAAUAGCUAUCGAAGUGUUGUUAAAAUUGAUGCAGUCCAGUCAAAUAACGGAGUACUUCAGCGUCCUUGUCAACAUGGAGAUGUCAUUACACUCUAUGGAGGUUGUAAAUAGGUUAACAACAACCGUUGAUCUACCUACGGAAUUUGUUCACCUUUAUAUAAGUAACUGCAUAUCAACGUGUGAGACCAUAAAGGAUAGGUACAUGCAAAACCGUUUAGUGCGUUUAGUAUGCGUUUUUCUCCAAUCGCUGAUUAGAAACAAGAUAAUUAAUGUUCAAGAACUUUUUAUCGAAGUUCAAGCCUUCUGCAUAGAAUUUAGCAGGAUUCGAGAAGCUGCCGCUUUAUUCCGACUUCUAAAACAACUCGAAUCUGGUGAUAUCGGUGGGCUCAAUCCUCCACCUGCUAAAAGUAAGAUCGAUCCUUGUUGAGGAGCGCGAUUCAUAGAGAAAGAAAUUAGGAAUUCAAAUUGACGUGAUGUAAUGAUUUUAAAUACAAAGGUGUACCGCAAUUGAUUAAUGGUAAGUAAGAGAAAUUGUGACAAACAUUAAAAAAUUGUAGUUUUUGUUACAAACACAAAAGUAGAAGAUAAAGUACAGAAGUUUAUGUAUCAUGAUGAAUUCAAAAGUUAUCGAAUACGUGUGGACGUUCAUUAGAGAAAAACUUUACUUAUUUUUGUAAAAUACAGUGAAUAGAAAUAAAAAAUUAUAUAAUUUAAAAA